UUUAUACACAUCACUUCAACUAUUGUUGGCUUUGUCUAUAUAAAUAUCACUUCUUCAACUCUCUUUUCUCUAGUUCAAAAACUUUGGCAAAAAAAAAUUAAAAGAAAAAAAAAUAAUCAAAGUUCUUGCCGCCCAUCAACUUCUUGCUCAAUCAAAGAAAAAAUUCCCAUGGAUGGUUGUGCAAGCAUGGCUCAAUGGAGCAACACGUAUCAUCAACAAGGCGUUCUGGAGUCAUCGAGGUCGAUUUCAAUGAUCUUAGAUCCGAUACAUGAGGAGUUUCAUCAAGAAGAGAAUGGUCAAGUAGGGAUUCCAUGGGCACCAAGAGAUCACAUGUGUUCCUCUCUAGGCAUGAUGAGUCCUUUAAUGCACAACAACAUUGUUCAAUCUCAGCCGUUCGAUGUGUCGUCGAUUAGUAAGGGAACUUCAUCAGCUAAUUCCAUUGAUCAACAAUCACUUGAAUGUUUGUUAUCAGGUACUAACAGCAACACUGAUACAUCAGUUGAAGAGAAUGAUGAUGGUAUUUCCAUGAUUUUUUCGGAUUGUCGAAAUUUCUUAAACUUCUCUUCUAAUCUUCCUAACAACAACAAUAAUAAUAAUAAUAAUAAUAAUAAUAAUAAUAAUAAUAAUGAUCAUAUUAAGAAGAGGAUUAUUGCGGAAUCCGAUAAUAAGCAAGGUGAUCAAGAGUUUCCUCCCUUCAGUAUCACCCAGGAAAACUCAACUUGUCCAAAUUUAAGAUCCAACAAGAGGCAGAGAAUCGACAACAACAACAAUAAUGUUGACAAGUUUGGGCAAGGCCGGGUCACCGGGUCAUCCAACAUUAGCUUCCAACAAGGAAGCUCAUCGGGUUCCUCGGUGGAGGAACCCGAUGCAGAAGCUAUACAACAAAUGAAGGAGAUGAUAUACAGGGCGGCGGCGUUUAGGCCGGUGAAUUUUGGGGUGGACAUGGUGGAGAGGCCAAAGAGGAAGAAUGUGAAGAUAUCAUUUGACCCACAAACGGUGGCGGCGAGACAAAGGAGAGAAAGGAUUAGUGAGAGGCUUAGGGUGUUGCAAAAGCUAGUCCCUGGUGGUACCAAAAUGGAUACUGCAUCAAUGCUUGACGAAGCUGCUAAUUACCUCAAGUUUCUUAGGAACCAAGUCAAAGCCUUAGAAACUUUUGGUAAUAAUAAUAAGCUUGAUAAUCAUAAUCAUAAUCAUAAUCAUAAUCAUUUUCAAUUUUCUCCUAAUCUUACUACUAAUCAUCUUUUUCCUCCAAUUAACCUACAAUUUUCAUCCAUGCCACCAUUUCCCAUGCAACCCACAAACAUUAUUACCCCACAAUUUUCACUACAUAACCCUAACCAAAAUCUUCAUCAUGUACUACCUAAAAGUUGAAGGACUUUUAACUGUUGAGAAACCCAAGAAAAUGAAAGGAAAUUACCAUUUUAGCCCUACAACCGUACCCCCCAUAAAUCCAUAACCAUGAUUAGUACGAAGUGUGAUCAUAGUCUUCAUCAUUGCAACUCUGUUACAUCUCAGUGAUUGUCAUCAUGAAGGCUAAAUUAAGUGAAGAGGAUAUAUAUAUAUAUAUAUAUAUAUAUAUAUAUAUAUAUAUAUAUAUAUAUAUAUAUAUA